UAUCAUUCAUUCAUUCACAUUUCAAUCUUCCUUUUCAAAAUUUCACAGUUGAUAAUUAUAAGAAGAGAAAAAUGUCAGGUCGCGGUAAAGGUGGAAAGGGUUUGGGAAAGGGAGGAGCAAAGAGGCACAGAAAAGUGCUUCGUGAUAACAUCCAGGGAAUUACCAAGCCUGCAAUUCGCCGUUUGGCGAGAAGAGGUGGUGUCAAGAGAAUCAGUGGACUCAUCUAUGAAGAAACUCGUGGUGUUCUCAAGAUCUUUCUCGAGAACGUUAUUCGUGAUGCCGUUACUUACACUGAGCACGCUAGGAGGAAAACUGUCACUGCCAUGGAUGUUGUUUAUGCUCUGAAGAGGCAGGGAAGGACUCUGUACGGUUUCGGUGGUUGAUUUUAUGAUCCAAUUUAGGGUUUCGUUAGUGUUAGUUGGGUGUAGAUGUAUUUUAUCUAUUUAAGCUGAACUGAGGCAAUUUGUUAUGUUCUUCUAUCAUAUGAACUUAAUGAUGGAUAUUCUGUUUUUCUGCUAAA